AUGGCCGCCCGCAGCGGGGAGAAGGAGCCGCUGGACGCGGUGCGGCUGGACCGGCUCCUCUGCGAGCGGGUGCGGAAGGAGCUGCAGUGCCAGACGCUGCACACGCGGUUCGACGUGAACCCGCUACGCCGCGUUCACACAAUAGCCAGGAAGCCUAUGUCGUGGCAUGAUGCUGUAGAAGAGCCAGCAGAUGACAAGUUUCUGAAUCUCAUCCACCAUGCAGCACUGGAGCCAACAAAGAAAUAUUCAGAGCCACAAACUGAAAGCCAAGAAGUUGGCUGGAACACAACCCCUUUGGUUCCUGUGGAUCGCACCGAUCGCAGACUCCACUUCCCCCACCGCAGAACGGAGAUCACUAAAUAAACAGCUGCCAUGGGACAUGGGCAGGAGCAGUCUUGAGAACCUGCAGCAGGAGAGUGGCCAAGCCACACAACUUAGAAGCACAUAAUGACAUCUAAUGUCUUAGGCCCUGCUUGUUAUUAGGACAGAGAGGAUAGCAAGGAAAGGGAAGAGAGAACCUCCAGAUUUGCAACCUGACAACAGUUCUAGAAAUAAACCAGUGUACAAGGUA